AUGUCUAAGAAACGCAAGUAUGAAGAAAAACAUAGAGAAUUCAAAUUACAAUGGGAAGAAGAGUUAUUUUUCAUAGAACGAAACAGUAAACCAUUUUGUCUUAUCUGUCAAUCCCAACUAUCACAAUUUAAGGUUAGUAACUUAAAACGCCAUUAUGAAACCAAUCACAGUUCGUUUAGUAACGAAUUUCCUACUGGUUCUGAUUUCAGAAAAAAUAAAUUAAGCACAAUGAAAUCAAAAUUAAAUUAACAAAGCAUUGUUAUGUCGAUAUUUUCCAAAAAACAUAUAUAACUACUGAAGCGAGUUUUUGUAUGGCGUUUAAUAUUGGUCGAGCAAAGCGCCCAUACACUGAUGGGGUAUAUUUAACAAAAAACAUUUUAGAUGUUAUUUCCAUUUUGAGAUCGAAAGAUAAAAAAUUACUAAAUAUGGUUGAAAAUAUUUCGAAUAGUAGACAUACUAUGGAAAGACGUAUUUCAAUAAAAAGUUCAGAUAUUUUCUCUAAUUUACAAAAUGAAAUUGCUAAUUGUUCUGCAUUAAGUUUAGCGUUAGAUGGAUCUACUGAUAUUCAGGAUAAACCACAUUUAGCUAUUUUUGUUCGUUAUGUGACGAUGAAUAUGGUAGUGAAAGAAGAAUUAUUAGAUCUUAUAGCUCUUAAAGAAACUACUAAAAAUUGUGAUAUUAAGGAUGCUCUUGACGUAGUACUUCGUAAAGCAGAAGUACCUAUUGCAAAAAUUGUUAGCGUCUGGUGGUGCACCUAGUAUAGCAUGAGUAGAGUAUUUUAAAAAGUGAUACUGAUUUUCCAGACUUUAUUCCGAUUCACUACAUUAUUCAUAGAGAACACCUAACGACCAAAAAUUUUAAAUAUGAACAUGUGAUGAGUGUUUUUCUUAAAAUUGUAAAUUACAUACGUUCAGGUUCGAAGAUACAUCGCCAAUGUAAAAACUUUGUUGAACGUUUAGAGGAUGAUAUUCCAAAUGAUGUUUCGUGGUAUUGUUUAGUUCGAUGGUUAUCGGUGAAUAACGUUUUAACAAAGUUUUUCGAUUUAUUAGAACCUAUUAAAACAUUUUUAAAAGAAAAAGAUAAAAACUUACCACAACUUUCGUACCAUUGUGGGUUAAGAGAUAUGUCAUUUUGUACUGACGUUGUGGAUCACUUAGCAACAUUAAAUAUGUCUCUUCAAGGUCAAAAUAAAUUCAUAAAUAUCCUAGUACAAGACAUUUUUAGUUUUCAAAAUAAGCUUAAACUUUUUCAAAGAGACUUAAAAAUAAAUAAUUUAAACCAUUUUCCGUACUUAAAAAAAAUUGAGGAUUGUUUGGUUGGAAUAGUAACAAAAUUUUAUUGUAAAGAUUAUGUACAAAAAUUAGAGUGUUUAUCAACUCACUUUGAAGAUCUAUUUAAAGACUUGAAAUUACUUAAACCUUCGAAGACAUCUUUAGAAAAUCCCUUUGUAAUUAAUGUUAUUGAAAAUGGAUAUCCAAUAUUAAAAUCGAUUUCAAUGGAUACAGUAGUUUUAGAAAUUCAACUCUUGGAAUUAUUAGAAGAUGAAGGACUGAAGCAGUUGAAAUACAGUUGUCAUUCUUUAUUGGAAUUAAGGAAACAUGUGCCUGUUAUUAAAUAUCCAAAAAUAACUCUUUGCGCUCAAAAGUUAAUAUCGAUUUUCGGAACAACAUAUUCUUAUGAGUCUCUAUACUCAACCAAUAAAAUUAUUAAAUCUAAACAUCGAUCAAUAUCAACGGAUAAUCAUUCAACGGAAUUGUUAAGGACUGCGUUAACAACAUAUAAUCCUGAUUUUAAAAAACUUACAAGCAAAAUAAACACGCAACAAAUAAGAAAAUAA